UCCUCAUCUAAAAUGGCGGCCCCGCACCCAGCGAGACAUUUAUCCGCCGCCCAUCGACCCGCCGGCGCUCGGCUCCUUCCCCGCGCCUGGCUCCUUCCUCCUCGCACCGCCCUCCUCCCGGGCGGCCGAGCACCGAGCUGCCGAUGGAGCGCUCCUCCCCGCUCCCCCGCCCCCUCCAGGCGCCGCCAUUUGGGAGCGGUAGCGGCCGAGGAGGUGCGGUGCGGCCCCUCGGAGCCGCGCGGGCACGGCGGGCUGCGCCCGUGGCGGCUCCUUAAGGCGAGCGCCUUCUCAAACGUUGGGCCCAGCGCGGCCCCCCGGCCCGCACCUGCCCAGGGAGGCUUGUGCUGCAUAAUCCGAGGCUGCAGCUCAGCUGAAGUCACAUCAGCAGCAAGGACAAAGGAAAAGCAGCGGUGCUGGGCAGCCUCUCCUAAACACCAAAUAAGAAGAAAACAAGAUACAAAGGCUGCAGCUACUGAUGCCCUCCAGGGAGAGGUAUCAACAUCAGCAUUCUUGCCAGCAGCAGAACACAUUGCUAGCCUGCAGCAUGUGAGGCUCCGUUGGACAGUCCAGUGCUGUGAAGUUAAUAAGAAAUAUCGCGACCAGAGUUAUCUUACAUUGAUGCAUGCAGUCCGCUUGACACCAAAGCACUUUGUGCUUGCUUGACCUAGCCACACUGGCCCUGCCUUUGCCACCGUGGACUUGGAUGCAAUCACCAGCCCGCAUCUCACCUUGCUGUCACUGGACCUGACCUUGAUCUGCAGAUUGACUUCUAGGCGUCACCUCAUACCUGCCUCCUCAUUACGAGCCUGUGGGAUGAGCUGGGCUGCUGGCUGACCCCAGCUGCCAACCUGGAACUGCGUGCUGCGGGGAUUGGCCCUGCCUUGAUACCCACUAAUCGUGCCUGGUUCCUGCCUCCCUGCACUUGGGGAGCAGCUGGCCUGCUGCAUAUAUGUAUCUCUCAAAAAUAUUUAGAGUGUAUAGCAGUUCUCCAGGCAUAUUUAAGAGUUUUAUUUUCUUUAGAGAAGAAAAUGAUGUGAAAAUGAUGGAAAGAUGAUUGUGUUGCUGGACUUUUUAGUUAGCAAAGGAAGUUCUUUCUGACUCUGGGUUAACAUGGCUUAUCAGUCUGUGCCAUAGCCAUGAACUAACUACUCAUUCUGUAUUAUUAUAAACAUUAAGUAAUUAUUUGAAAUCUCAUCAGCUCAUUAUAAUAAAUUGAAGUAAGCUUUUUGAAUCAGUCAGAGUGAUCACUUCUCUUCAACUAGCAUAGUUUUACUGUAGAAGUCUUUAUAUGGCUAAUUUAGAAUUGACACACUCACCAAGAAAAUGUGUUUAUAAGCAUUAAAAUUAUGAAGUAACGAUACAUGAGAGACCAUGAAAUAAUUCAACCAUAAAGCCUGAAUAGAAGUACAGAUAUUUUAUAAAGAAGCAGGCAGAUCUUUCCUAGUAUCUGUUGCUUCAGGUAUUGGAGACUUGGAGACUGUCUUCUGUAUUUCAGAAGUCUCGUGAGAUUACCAGUGAAGCUCAGUGAAAUGCCAUGUAUGUAGACAAGUAUUAACCAGAGUCGAGUUUGUCUUUGCUCCACACUAACUGAUUUCAUUGGGUGUUUUAUCAGACCUCUUUCAGUGUCCAGUUGUCCAUUGGCUUUUAAAAGUAAACAUACAGAGCUGGAUGGAAGAA